AUGAUGACUAUAAAACAAUUUUGGAGCAAUUAUUGUGAAAAUAGUUCGUUACAUGGUCUCAGAUUCGUCGUUCACGAAGAAGCGAAACCUUGGGAAAGGUAUGGUGAAAUUCGUUUAUAUAUUUUCUUUUCAACUGACAAUGAUUUCAAACGAAUUUCAAAAACAAACAAAAAAAUCAAGGAAGUUAAUUAAUUCGUAAUGGUCUCGUGGAUACACUUUUUCGUAUUUUUCACACAUAACUCUUACAAAAUAUGCACCUAAAAUGUAUUCACUUUGUCCUGAACAGGUCUACCCUAUUAUCAGGUACAUAUCUGAUAUUAUUCUUCAGGAGAGGUUGGUUUUUUCACUUAUUUUUAUAAACAGUCCAAUAUUCCUCAAUAAUUUAGUUUAUUUUUUUUCUGUUCGUGAACAACUUUUUUACAGAAAUCUAGUGCAAAUCGUCAAGCUUAGAAUGGUUUCUAGUAGCAAAUAUUAUCUAGUAAAUGUUUGGAGGGUCAUUUUUUGAAAUCCAUUGUAUUUUUUUUUUAAUAAUCAAGAAAACUAGACAAAAACGUCGGAAAUUCGGGAAUAUUUAUUAUUAUAUUAAUAUUUGUAUAAUGAAUUCAGUUAAUCUAGCUUUUACAUUAUUAGUUAGUUAACAUAAUUAUAAAUAGCUGAAAUGUCUACCUUGCCUCUGAAAACAUUUUAGUUCGCCGCAACACUGUGCCUAUACAAUAAUAUAAUGUAUUAUACUAAUCAAUAGUUAUUUUGAAAGUUAUUCUAAUACUAGUAUAUUUUACUAUAGAUUAAUGUGGGUAAUAUUGUUGUUGACCGCUAGUGUUUGUAUUCUGAUGAAUGUGUAUACUUCAUGGACAAUAUAUUCAUGUUCAUCCACACAAAUAAUUAUAGACGAUCCUCGAUUUUCACUUAGUAAAAUCGAUUUUCCGGCAGUGACAAUAUGUUCCGUCAACAAAAUCCUUUAUUCAAAGGCUAAAGAACUGGUGUUAAAGUAUGAUUUUUUUUUUUUUUUUCAAUAUCUAUCAAUUGUGAUUACCUGCAAUUUUAAUAUUAAUUGGUUAUUAUCUACGAUUUAAAUUGUUUUUGACAGCAUACAUUUAUAAAGCAUUUAAGAACUUACACGUAUUUAUUGUUUUCGAAAUUGAAUAAGUUUUUAAUUUAGGAAAUACGAACACGAUCCAGAAUUAAGAAAAAAAUACGAAAACUCACUAUACGUUUUGGGAUUGUUACAAUACCGGCACUACAGAGAUCUGUCACUUUUCGUCGAAAAUAAUUCUAUGAUUAAUUUACCGUUGAAAAACAUCACCGACCUGAUGUUGACAGUAAUAAUACGAAUAUUUUCUAAUCGCACAUUAGGAAAAAAAAUUACUUAUCACAAUAAUUGAACCUUCGUUGCCUUGAUACAACAACCAGAUAACUCCACUUUUUUCGAAAAUGCUCCUUUUAGAAUACCUAAUCUAAAGAAAAAAACGUUACAUAUUGAAUAUUUGUUUAGGUGCAACAAUCAGAUGAAUUCGAUAUAUAGGUAUAAUAUUGUGAAAAUUAAAUAUAGUUUUUAUCAGGAAUUAUUGGAGUUGUUUUAUUUUAGAAUAAUUUUGGUAAUUUCGGUAUUUUCAAUAUAAUACAAAUACAAUUAGAUGGGUAUGCUCUGGAAUACAUUUUGGUACAACAAUAUCAAAUGAAUAUGAACAAAUUGUAUUUUCCAAUGCUCCUGAAAAUUUCAAAUCUGGUUGUCGCUCCGAGGUUUUAAAUUAAGUACUUACCUACUUAAAGCACAAAAUAUAAUACACAUAAUAGAUAUUUUAAUAUUUUAUCAUAUUUAUAUACCUGAUUUCUAUAUGGAUGGAAUGUUAAAGUAAAAAAGACGGACAUACUUCGCACGUGAGUGGGCUACUGUUAUAGGUGGGAAAUUUAAUAUAUAAUUGUAAGCAACGAAAAAACGAUUCUAAGCGGAGUUCAGUUGAUAAUGUUGCUUUAUCAACAAAAUCUAUGUCAUAUUAUGGUAAAAUAAUUACAUAGGCAUUAAUUACAUUUAAUAAUAUUUGUUUAAUAUUUACCUAUUUCCCCGUUUUUCGUAUAUUUUCCCGGGUUUCCCAUUUUUUUCCCGGUUUUUCUUAUUUAUUGGAAAAACUCCUGGGAAAAUCAAAAACUUAUCUCCUCAAAGUACCUCUUCAAUCAGAUUUACUUUCAGAAAAAGUGCUAUAAUUGUAAAUCAGAGCAAAAUUACUGGUAGAAAAGUUGUCCACAAAAAAAAAAAUAAUAAACAUCAUUGUAAAACCAUAAGCUCCUUUGCUCCACUCAGAAUAAAAAAUGUUUUUAUAAGUACUGCUCACAGAUAGGCCACUAUUAUAGGUAGACAGUUAAUACGGUAGAAUAUACAGAAUAAUUUAGUUUAUAUAUUUUAUUCAAAUAUAAAUGGUCACAUGUUAACUACUACACGAAUAUUCUUUUUACUUGAAUUUAAAAUAUAGUAUAAUCUCCUACACAGGAUGUUUUUAAAUUUGAAAUAGAUAACGCCUAUUGCAUGUUACGAUCUUAUAAAAAAGUUUUUACAUACUUCGAGUAAGAAUUUUGUGUAUAAUAUAUUUUAAAUUUAAUAUUGAAUAUGUAUCAUGACUAGAGACCGGAUUCAUGUGCAUAUAAAAUCAUGAAAACGCACAUAAAAAAUGUUUAAAAAGCAAAAAUAGUAGAGGAGUUUAAAAGUCCCAGACUCUUAAAUUAUUUUAUUAUUAUUAUUUCUUUUUUUGCACAAAAAUUUCCGAUGCUUGGUUAUAAGUAAACUUUGCUAUAAAUUAUAAUAUUAAAUAUGCAAAAAAAAUAUCAUUAGAUGAUUUGUACAUAAAUCGUCGAAUUUCCGAACCGAUCACAUAAUUAUUGUAGGUAUUAUUUUAUCUCAAUUGCCAUAACACGUGUUUCUUCAGUUAAUGCCCACUAUAGACGAAGUGUUCGAAAGCUGUUACUGGAGGGGUACCGGAUACAACUGUUCUGACAUAAUACGACUGCAACGUACGGAAGAAGGAUUUUGCUAUUCGUUCAACAGCAAAACGUCCGAGAGGACGACAAAGUAAAUCUCAAUACCUAUUCGAUAUUAUUUGAUUUAUAUGUCGAGGAGAGACAGGUGGACAAUACGUACCUAAUAAUAUAAUAUAUUCUAAUUGCAUGCAUAAACAAACAAUUACCUACAUAUUGUUAUUUUUCCCGUGUAUAGUGACAGCGAUAUUAAUCCACCCAUAGCUGGACCGAACGGCAUGCUGAUACCGCUCAGAAACAAUGCCGCAGGAAUGAUGACUGGGUUUGAGGUGAUCCUGAAGAGUUUGAUCACUGAAUACUUUCCGAAGGAUAAGAGAUCGAAAGGAUUCAACGUACGAUUAUCCGAAAUAUUUUUACAAAAUUCACAGGAGAAGGACAUUUAUUUGUUUAUUGUUAAUUUAAAAAUUGUUUCUUAAUUAUAGCCGUUUUAAUUUCUAGAAAAUAGGCGUGAAAUCAAUUAAUAUUCAAUAGAACAUUAAUUGUUUUCACGUUUAAUUAAAACGUUUGUAACUAAGAAAUUAUUUAUCGGAUAUGAAUGCGUGAUAUACAUUAAAAUUUAUUGAAUAAUAUUUUUUACAAAAUGGCUACCUAGAUUGAAAUUUUUUUAAAGUGGAUAAAUAGUCAUUUUUUUUUUGUCUUUAGGGGAUGAAAAUAAAAAUUUAAUUUUUCUCCAAAUCAAUAUUCCCCUCGAAGACAAAACGAUUGAACAAAAAAUUUAGGAAAUUUAAUAUUAACAGCGCAAGAAAAAUCCGUCGAACACAAUGGGACACAAUGUAUAGGUAUAGGCAAUAGGAGACCUUUUGUCGUUGAAAGUGUUAAGUCGAAAAUGUACCUGUUAGAUGUAUACAAAUAUUAAAUAUGUAGUAUAAUAAAUCGUUGCGAACAAAGUGCGAAUCCUAAUUGAGCUGGGUGUGGUUAAACGUGCUAAAUAUUGAAAUUUCAUAUUUUAUUAUUUAUUAAAUGCAAUACAAUAAUUUAUAGCUACAUAUUGUUUGCGAUUUUUACGAGUCCCGUCAAAAUUUGAUCUCUGGAAGAGUAUAAAAAAAAAAACGGGACAUUAAUAUUAAUCGUUGUAGAUAAUGAUACAUACGCCGGAAGACUUUCCGGAUAUUUCGAAUAGCUACAAGCUGUUUAGCGAACUGAAUCAAUCGUCGCGAAUAUCAGUGAGCGUGAGUCACAUUAUGGCGGACGAGUCGCUCCGUUGGCUUACCGAAAAGGAUCGCAAGUGUUUCUUGUACCAGAGAAAAUCGGUCAGAAAAACAAACUUGCCGUCCUACCGGAGCAACGCUUUGGACAAUUGUUACGCCAAAUGUAGGCUGGAAACCACCUAUAAAAUGUGCAAUUGCACGCCAUACUUUUUUGAAGUGAGAGGUAAUCAGAUAGAUAAGAAUAUUAAAUAGUUUAGUAGGUACGUAUCGGCUACCAGAAAAUUAGAAUUUUUUUUCCAUCAAGUACAACUUAUAAUGAAUCUCAAUUUAAAUUUUCAAGCAUUUCUGUUUGGUCAAAUAAUUUUAUCCAUAGAGUACCUACUAAAUAAAAUUGUGUAAAAACUAACAAAAUUAAAAUGUCUAUAAAUAGCUUAAAAAUAGCUCAAAAUGUUUUAAAAAUUGUAUCUUGUCUAGAAAAGGCAAAUAUAAGUUUUCUGUCAAAAUUUCAAGUUUCUAAAAAUAUAUUCCAUUGAAUAACAACAAAAAAAACAAAAUUGAAAAUAAUAAAAACAUUAUUUUUGUACAAUUUCUCCGUUCUUUCUACGCUUUUUUUUCGGUAAUACUCUAUUAUUAAAAAAACUACACGGAAAAUCAAAAAACGAAUUUCUUAAUUGCAAAUUGCAUUAAAAAUGCAACCAAAAAAGUAUCUUGUUGUUUUUCUAUUAGAGCAAUAUUUCUGGUACAGUGGUACCCAGUAAACAUCAGCCGUAAACAUUUUAAAUAAAAGAAUAUUAACGCUGUAAAUGUAUCAGUUUGCAGUUUUCAUCUUCUUCCGGUUUUCCCAAUUCUUAUGAAAUACUCUUUGGAAAAUCAUAAAAUGACUUUCUCAAUACACCAAUUUGAUAAAAUUUCCUUUUAAAAAAAAUGCUGAACUUGAUAAUUCAGAGCAAUAUUUAUAGUAAACAAGUUGUUUACAGACACAAGGAAAAAAAAAUACAAAAUACAAAAACACACAUUAUAGUAAAACUAUAAUGGAUCUCUCGCUACACUUCGAAUCUAAAAUACACAUAUCUCAGAAGCCAGGAGGACAUGUUCUUCCUUACCUUCCCUCAAUAGAUACUCGUUUUGUGCGUUGUAUCCAUGUCGUAAAUUAGUUCUAACAUUGAUCGUAUUCCAAUAAUAAUUCUAUUCUUUAUCUUAUAUUCUUCUAGUCUUAUUCUAUCAAUAUCGAGUAUCAGUGCACUGCAAUAAUGGUGUAUAAAAGAUCAAUUUUAGGUAGGUAAAAUAAUAUUUUGUUAAAUAUUUGUUUUGUAGAAAACGUCCAAGAUUGCGGAAUCGAACAUAUACAAUGUUUGAGCAAAAUUGACGGUAUGAUUUUUAUAAUAAUUACCUACGAUAGUCGAUAGUUAAUAAUUAGCUAUACGAGUAUUAAAACUUGCCUUGUUACAUAUUAAAGUCCAUAGUCAUAGAUGUAACUACUGUAACUACUAAGAUUUCUAAGUCACAAUAAUAAUUAGGAGUUAGUGCUUGAACCCACUUACGGAUCCAAGGGAUUAUGGGACGAAUUCCCGCCACCUUUGCUAAAUAUGAGAAUGAAUAUAGGUACAUAUCCAUUUCGUAAUAUCAUAGACCGUCCAUAAAGAUAAUAUAAAUCCUUGUAUAUAUUAUAUAGAUAACAUAAACAAAUAGUUCUAACAUUGAUACUGGCCUUUUCUAUAUUUUAAGUCUGUAUAACUUAUUUGUAAUUGUAAAUAUUCUCAAAUACUUUUUUGUUAUCUAUAAUGUUCCUAAUGUAUAUUGCCAUUAUGCGUUAAUUUCCAAAAAUAUAUAAAAAAAUAAACCUACAGAGAUCUUUAUUGGUCUAAGAUUAUUAUGAAGAUUAUAUAUGAAUUAUACGUCUUAUAUCUACCUCUAAAAAUUUAAAUAUUGUUGCUAAAAUUUUUUUUUAAAAGCGUUUUAAAUACUUUCCAAGUUUUUUCAGGGAUAUUUUAAUGUUUUAAAGCACCUUUUUUUUUUUUUAUACAAAAUUGAAUGCAAUAAGUUCCGAGUCUUAAUUAUUACCAUUUGAGUUAUUUCAUCAUUUAUCAUUUAAGUUAGGUAAUCGGUGUUGUCACAUUUAAAAAAAAUAUUAUUAUUAUUAUUAUUAUUAUUUAAAUAAUAUUAUGGUGGUUGCCGAUUAAAAUUAAUUAUAAUUGUAAAUAAUUAAAAAUUAUUUGACUAUACUAAAAUUAUGAAUUAUACGUCCUAUAUCUACCUCUACAAAUUUUAAUAUUGUUGCAGCUAUAAUAGUGACUGACUACCAAUAUUUACCCACUCGAAUUCUAUAAAUAAAAUAAGACACAAUUCUCUAUAAUAUUUUAAAAAAAUAAACUUCCUUUCCAGUGAUAGAAGUUAAUUUUCCAUUUAUAUAAUUUAUUUACUAGGUUGAAAUAACAGUAAACGGUAAUGACACGAAAAAUAAAAAAAAAAAUUAUGUAUCAUGUCGAAACGUCUGUUCCGCUUUAUUGGUUUAGUUACAUUGUUGAUACGAUGCUAGUAAUACCUAAUAAUUAUAUAUAAUUGUUCAUAAAACCAAGCAAACCGAAUAAAUAACAUUAUAAUUAUAUUAUUAUUUUAAUUUUUAGUGCUUAUACGCAAUGUCCAGGCACCAGAACGAGAACCAGGGUUUCCCAAAUGGAGUAUGCCGGUUUUCAUGAACUGUAGUUGUCCGAGCCCCUGUUCGUUUAUUGGAUAUAGGACGGAACUCAGGAAUUUUCCGCAGUAUGAAAUUAAUAUUUCCGUUUGCAUCGAAACUAUAAGAUUAACCAUUUCUUUUUUAUAUAAGAUUUAUAAGUUAGAUUGGAUCACCUAAUUUUUAAUUAUACUGCACACUAUAGAAUUUAAUUAUAUGUACAAUACCAUCAUCAAUUUAAACAUACUUAGACAUAUAAUCCACUUGAUGCAUAUUUGUAAUAAAUUAAACUAUUAUAAUUAGAAAAUCCGACAAUUUAAUAAGUAGGUAUAACAAUGUACAUUUUUUUAAACAAAAAUUUUCUAUAGGGAUUUCAUAGAUAACUCAGCUCUUCCACAUACAUACAUGCAUAUUGACAUACAUUACAAACAACGAUUUGCAAUUAGUUACCAGCGUUUUUUGAAAU